UUUCUCUUGCUUUUAUCAUUCACAUUCCACAGCGUAAAACACACCGCCAGCGCUGAUCCCUCCGCAGAUGGUUUCUGGAAACGCAAUGUCAAAUGGAAGUCACGUUGGGUGAAAUAUUGGCGAUCGAAAGCGAUCUAUGUGCCCGUUUGGAAGAAAGUAUGGAGUCCAUUGGUGCAAAAUGAAUGGGUGCCAUUGCCAAAAGUGCCACCAGGUUGGGAGGCGCGUAAGGAUGGCGUCAUCGACAGUUCGAGCAGCAGCGACUGGAGUAGUAGUAGCGGCAGCUCACCGGGGAGUAGCAGCAGCAGCAGCAGCAGCAGCAGUGGUCUGCGUUCGGCUAAGAGCUACAGCGAGUGGGGUGGAGCAAGCAGUGGCAGUAGUCAUGGCUCUAUUUAUAGCGGCAGUAGCAGCGGUAGCAGCGGUAGCAGUGGAUGGAAGAAAGGCAUCAAGCGUACGCAUGUGCGCGAAGUUGCUGUUGAAUAGUGUUAGAGAAGAUUGUGGAACAGAGAAAAUGCGAGCCAAAGA